UGAGAGACAGAGGAAGAGGAGAGGAGAGAGGUGGGAAGAACUCAGAUUACACCAACAGGUCCACACAGUCCCCCAAGAUGUCGAAGAAAAAGGAAACCAACCCAGUUAGGAUAAGCAAGUCUCAGGUCAACGACCUGGCUUUGCUGAUCGCUCGCAUGCAGAAAAACGCCGAUCAGGUGGAAAAGAAUAUCCUGCGAGCCGAAGAGCUGCUGUGUUUGGAUGGAGAGCAAAGCCAGAAGAGCCAGCAGCUCAUCCAUCGGCAGGAGAACUCAGAAAACCUGGCAGAGGCUGAGGUGCUGCUGAAGGAUCUUUUCAUGGAUGUGGACAAAGCCAAGAAGCUGAAUCACCCACAGGCUGUAGAGAUAGAGAGAGAUGUGAAAAAUCUCCAUGAUCGCUGGGUUAACGACUGCGCAGCCUACAGGGAUCUAUACGAUCAGGUUCUAGACUUGGACUUGACACAGAAGAUCAACUGGGACCCUCUGCUCGAUAAAAAACUGAGCCAAUUGAAGGAGAAGGCCUACGGCCCCAACCUGUCUGAUGUAGAGAAGCAGAUUGCAGAGCAUAACAUCCUGCACCAAGAGAUCGAGGCCUACAGCAGCCAGUUGCAGCCCAGCACCACUUCAAAGGAGCAGUACGCCAUCCUCAAAGAGAAAUAUGCUCAACUUCUUGAAAGCUCCCGGCGCAGGAAGAUCCACCUGGCCUCUCUGUAUGACUACAUGCAGAGCUGCAGUAAGGAGCUGGUCUACCUAUCAGGCCAGCAGGAUCGGGUCCUCCAGAGAGACUGGAGUGAUCGCAUGGUGGACCCCCCGGGUGUCCGCAUAGAGUACGAGAAAUUCAAAGCGAAUGGACUGCUAGUACAUGAACGUGAGUGCAACCAGCUGCAGGAGGAAGGAGACCAUCUUCUUGAAAUGAAGCACCCUGGAAGCAGGACAAUAGCGGCUCACAAGGAUGCGGUGCAGGCUGAGUGGCAAGCCUUCCUCAACCUGUGUCUCGCACAGGAAACACACUUGGACAACAUUGAUGAUUACAAGAAGUUCCAGCUGGAUGCAGAGAUGCUGUCCGACUCUUUGGAUAGACUCAGUUCCACUCUGGACACAAAGUCCCUGAGCGGCAAGAGCAACCCAGAGAUCCUGCUGGCUCUGGAGGGAGAUGAACCAGGGCUGAGGAGGUGCGAGCUACGCCUGGCUGCCCUCAGGGAGGGGUGCAGCAACAUUGUGCCUUUGAAGUUACGCAGAUUGCAGCCCACCCAGCCCACCACUGUGGUGUCACUGUGUGACUGGGCUGAUGAAGAAGACACUGUGUCACGUGGUGAGACACUAAUUCUGAAGUCUAACUCUAAUAAUGAGAACUGGGAGCUUCAGAACAACAGCGGGAAGGUCAAAACCCUCCCAGGGGCAUGUUUCAUGAUCCCACCGCCUGAUGCAGAGGCCCUGGAGACAGUCAACAGUCUGGACAGAAAGCUGAAAGACCUCAAGAACCGUAGAGCUGCUCUGAUGGACUCAUUGAAGAGCCCCGUAGUGGAGGUGGUUCGGGCUCAGAAAGCCGCUGCUGUGAAAAGCUCUCCAGAUGAUACCAAAGCUGCAGAGCUCAUCAGUGAGAUAGACAGGAUCAACAAAGCCCUGGAUAAGAGUGAAAAAGAAGUCCUGAACAGGCUGAGGAACCCGCUGGAUAACCGCAGGCCCACACAGGACCUGGCAAACAGACUGCAGGAGCAUGAGAAAUCUGCUCUGACACUCAGGAAACUGGAGUCAGACAAGUCGGCUGUCCAAAGAGAAAUGGAUCCUCUUAUGUCCAAGAGACCUCUGGGACCCACAACCUCCUCCCUGCACCUUAAACUCACUGCUACUGACAACAAGAUUAACGACAUUAACAGACUUAUGGAUCUUUAUCAUAAAAAAGCAACAGCCUCCAUGUUCCUGGAGAAACAGAUAGAGAAAGCAGAGGGAGUUGUUUCUGACUUUGAGACGAAGCUAGCAAAAGAUGGCGUCAUUCUAGAUGAACCAAACGCUCUUCAGAGUCGCAACCAGAAGCUACAGGCCAUACAGAAGGACGCUGCCUCAAGGAAAGAUGAGCUGAAUAAAUUAGGAAAAGAGUUGGACCUGACCAAGAAAACGUGCAGCUCCCUGCAGCAGAAUUUCAAUGAGUUCUGCCCUGACAUCCCUCGGCAGGAGAAUGAGGUGAAACAUCUGAAGAACCGUUACACAAAUGUCAAUAAUCAGCUCCAGGAGAGGUCAGCUCUCAUACAGCAAGCGACUAAUAAAGCUCAAGAUUUCCAAAAUGCUGUUAACUCGCUGGAUUUUUUCUUGGUUAACUUGCCAAACCACACGAUCAAACCUACUGAUGAUGUGGCUCAGAUGAGAGCCAGUCAGAACUCUCAGAAGAAAGUGGUGGAGGACAUCAACAAGAAGUCAGAUGACUUACAACGAGUCAAAGACAUGUCCCGAGAUCUGCAGAGUGUUUUAAAUGAAUAUGAGAUUAAGUCAAAAACUUACCGUGGGACUCUGCACAACGAGAAUGACGGAAAUCAUGAAGAUGACAGCAACGAAGAAGCUCUAAAGAAACAUCAAACUUUAACUCUGGCCGAGGGGGUAGAGAGAACGGAGAAAGAUCUGGUGAACCUUUAUUCUGAGGUGUCUGCUGAGAACAACCAGCGGCUUAGUCAGCUGGGCACAGCAAGGAACAUCCUGGCGAGGAAUGAGGAGAAAGUAAGUCAGGUGGUCGUCAGUCAGCAGCUGCAGCUACAGAGCCAGAAGAAGAACCUGGAGGAAGUUGAUAGUAUGAAAAAAGAAUUAAGCGAGGAGGUUGCCAGGCGCUUGCAUGCAGAGAAAGACUUGGAAACCUACCGUAAGAGGUUUUUGUCUCUGAAGAGCAGAAGAGGAGUGGAGAGGCUGGAGGAAAAGGAGGUGGUGCAGUAUUACCGUGACCCCAAACUGGAAGUUGAACUCCAGUCUCUGAAAAAUCGCAUUCAAGAUGAAGAAUUGAAGAGGUCCAAAACCAGGUCCGAGAUUCAAAUUUUUGAUGAGAAAAUCAUCAAGGUGGAAACACAGAUGACCAAAAUCGAGCCUAAACUGGUGACCAAAAUACUCACUGAAUACGAGAGGGACCCUCAGCUUGAUAAAGAGGCUGCUAAGAUUAGAGAUGAGUUGCAGAGGAUACGGCUGGAGCUGCAAACGAGCCAUACGGAGGCGGUCCAGGUGAAAACUGAGCUCACAGUUCUGGCUCAACAGAAACCAAAGAUCCGGGAGAAAAUUGUUAAAAAAGAAGUGGUGAGAUUGGAAAAAGAUCCAGAGAUGCUGAAAGCCGUUCUCAUGUUUCAGAACUACAUUCGAGAGGAAGAAUUGCGGUGCAAGUCUCUCAAUGAUAGCAUUUUCAGCUCCAGGAGCCAGAUAAACACUUUGGAGAGGGUUAUCCCCACCAUCCAACCCAAGAUGGUCACCAAGGUGGUGAAACAAGUCCAUCAAAAUCCAGAAAUGCUUGAGGAGUCAAAAAGGCUAAAAAUGUCCUUGGAGGAGGAGAAAGACGAGAAUGUUAUCCUGAUGAAGGACCUGACCACCUCUCAGCUGCGUUAUGAUGAACUGGAGAAGCUCAGGCCUAAAGUGGAGGUCAAGGAGAUCAUCAACGAGAUUUACAGAGUUGAUCCUGAGACAGAAGUUGAGCUGGUGCGUCUUAAAAAGGAGCUGCAGGAUUUGAGUCGGAACCGAGCGGAUUUGGAGAAAGAAACCCACACAGUGAUGACAACACUGACCACCCUGCGGGCUCAGAAGCCAAAAGUGGAGUACAAAGAGGUGACCCAAGAGGUGAUCAAAGAAGAGAAAAGCCCAGAGGUUGUCAGGGAAUUACAAAGGCUGAACAACCAAGUGGCUCGUCUGAAGGGCAACUAUGACACCACCCUUGAACUGCUAACCCGCCUACGUAAGGAAAGAGACGAGCUGAAAGCUGAAAAAUCCAAAGUGGAGAUGAAGCUUGUGACAACAGAGAUCAUAAAAUAUGAGAACGACCCUCUUCUGGAGAAAGAGGCUGAUAGACUUCGGAAGAAUGUAAGAGAAGAAAUUCAACAACGCCGCACUAUAGAGGAAUGUCUUUUUGAUAUGCAGAACCAGUAUAUCACGCUAGAGAGACAAAAGCCAGAGGAGAAGAUCAUAAUGCAGGAGGUGGUGCAUCUUCAGAAGGACCCGAAGCAGAUCCUGGAGCAUGAGAAGCUAAACAAGACCUUGGAUGAAGAAAUGAAAGCACGCAGAAAAUUAGAAUUAGAGGUCCGACAGCUCAGAGCUCUGAUUGAAGAGAAAGAGAAUAACCUGGCACAGAUGGACGAUCGACAGAAGAAAAUCCAAGUAGAGUCGGAGCUCAGACAGAUAAAAUCUCGCAUUCUUGAACUGGAGAGCACUCCGCCACCCAUUGAGGAAAAAAUCAUCAUCGAGGAAGUCCUAAAAGUGGAGAGGGACCCUAAGUUGGAAAAACUCACCGAUGAUAUACGUGUCAACUUGGAGACUGAGAAUAACGAGAUCAGUCGUCUGGAAAGAGAAAUUCGAAACAUCAAACUCAAGUUGGACAUUCUGCAUAAAGAGAAGUCGGUUGAGAAGGUUGUUUACAGAGAAGUUGUUCGCGUAGAGAAAGAUCCAGCAGUGGAAGCUGAGAGAGAUCAUCUUAGAGAACUAGUAAUGCAUGAGAAAAAUCUCAGACGAGAUCAGGAAGCCGACAUUCAGAGCAUCCACAUUAAACUCAACCACUUACAGUCAACGAGGUCUGUUGCUUCUCAGGAGGAGGUGUCUCUCAUGACAAACCGAGAUACUCUGCAAAGGGAUAAGGAGGAUCUCUUCAAACAGCUCACAGCACUUGAGUCUGAAAGACAAAACAUCAGCAUAACCUUCCAACAACAGUCCAAACUGAUGAGCGAGAGAAACCAACUGGCACGCCAGAGGAGCCUGAAAGCAUCAUCUGAGGUCCAGAGGCUGGAGAAAGAGAUCCUGAAUGAGAAGGACAAAAUCCACCAGAAAGAGACGCUUAUCGGUGAGCUGCAGAACAGCAUCAGGAAGGAAGAUCACUCUGAAACUCACACCAGAGAGACAAAUCUCUCAACCAAAAUCACCAUCCUGGAUCCAGAAACGGGUAAAGACAUGUCCCCUUACGAUGCUUACCUGCAAGGACUGAUUGAUCGGAACAACUACCUUCAACUGUCACAGCUGGAGUGCGACUGGGAGGAGAUUACUUCAACCGGUCCGGAUGGGGAUAGCACAAUUUUGCAGGAUCGCAAAAGUGGGAAGCAGUACUCAGUCAAGGAUGCUCUGAAGGAAGGCCGCUUGACUCAGCAUGAUGUGAACAGCUACAGGCAGGGGAAAAUGCCCAUUUCCGAGUUUGCCCUCCUCGUUGCGGGGAAAAUAAAAAAGCCUUUCAUUCCAAAUCCCAUCCCAAAAUCUCCCACCAAACCCGUCCCAACCUCUUCUCUGAACUCCAUGCCUAUGUCCCUGAGAUCCUCCUACCCCAGCCUGAACUCUCAUCACAGUGGCAGUUUGAACAACCUCAGCGCUGUGACAUCAGAUGAAUAUUUCCCAAUCUCUGGCAUAUAUGACACCACCACCGAAAGCCGCAUGUCUGUGAGAAGCGCGCUGACUCGCAAACUCAUCGACCCUGACACAGCUCUGAGGCUGCUGGAGGCCCAAGCAGCCUCCGGAGGAAUCGUUGAUCUCGGCAAGAAGGACAAACUCUCUGUCCACAAGGCAGUUGAGCACAAUCUCAUUGACUCGGGGCUCAUGCACAAACUGCUGAACGCCCAGAAGGCCUUCACCGGAAUCGAGGAUCCCGUGUCCAAAGUGCGCCUGGCAGUUGGGCCGGCAGCGCAGAAAGGAUACAUCCCUCAAGAAAAUGCCAGAAGGUACAUGGAGGCGCAGUACCUGACCGGUGGUUUGGUGGAUCCCAAUAAACCAGGCCGGCAAACGGUUCAAGAGGCUCUCACCAACAAGCUGAUUGACAGCACAGCAGCCAGUCAGCUGGAAGACGAGGCUUCCCACACAAAAGAACUGCUGGACCCCCUCACCAAGGAGAAGAUAUCCUACAAGCAGGCCAUGGAUCGGUGUAGGAGGGACGUCAGCACUGGGCUCCUUCUGCUUCCUGCAGCCUCCACCGAUGCUGACAAUGCUCCAUCGUACUCCAACUACCACUUCAACCAAAAAGUCUAGAAAGAGAUGAAGAUGUGUCAUAUUUACACAUAUUAUUAACACAUCGACACAGCUAUCAAUUUACUUUUGUUAAAAAAAAAGAAAAAAAAAACAGGAAAAAAUGUUUUUGGUUGAACUUUAAA